UUGCAACUUCUCUCACAAAGUAGCUUCACAUUUCUAUGAAAGGUUACUCACAUAUGCAUGGUCCUCUUUAUAUUUCCAACACCAACUUGCUUUUCUUUCAAAAGAAACUCUAGUUGUUGUGUUUUGUGGUUCAUAUUCAACCUCCAACAACUCAGGAAAACAAAAAUAAAUGGAGGGUGAGAUUAGGACUUCAGAAUUGAUACCAUUCAUAGUGAUGGUGAUUAUGGAAGGGUGCACUAUAGGACUAACUAUAUUUGCAAAAACUGCAAUAACAAAUGGAAUGAGUCCAUUUGUGUUCAUUGUUUAUACCAAUGCUUUGGCCACUAUAGUUUUGUUUCCUUCUUCCUUUUUAUUAAACCACCAAAACAGAAAGGAGAAGCCACUUUUUACUUUCUCUUUGUUUAAAAGAUUCUUGCUUAUGGGUUUCACAGGAAUAACUAUGACUCAGACACUUUUAUUUUUGGGUCUAAGUUACAGUUCUCCAAUACUUGUAUGUGCCAUGAGCCACUUGAUCCCAACCUUUACUUUUCUCCUUAAUAUCAUUCACAGGAAGGUGGAGUUGAAUUUGAAAAACUCUGGUAUGCAAGUUCAAAUAAUUGGUAUAAUAGUGUCAUUAAUGGGAGCAAUAGUAGCUGAAUUCUUCAAAGGGCCACUCAUAAGACCCUCUUCUCACCACCUUAGAUAUACUAAGCAACUUUUUGUCUUUUCCUCAACACCUGAAUUUUGGGUUUUUGGUGGCAUUUUGCUUGCUGCUGCUUCUUUCUCAGUUUCAAUUACCAACUUUAUUCAGAAAGAAACUGUUAAGCAAUAUCAAGAACCAAUGAAGAUGGUUUCUUAUUAUACCUUGCUAGGGACAGUUCUUAGUGCAAUAGUCUCAUGCAUAUUUGAGAGUGAUGUAAAUUCUUGGAAGCUAAAGCAUAACAUGGAGCUUAUUCUCGUUGUUGUAACGGGCAUAUUUGGGGGUGUGAUUCGUCCAAAUAUUCAAAUUUGGUUGAGUAGAAUGAAGGGUUCACUUUAUGUGCCACAGUUCAAGCCUUUUGGUAUUGCUUUUGCUACCACUUUUGGAGUUUGCUUCUUUCCUAAUAGUCUUCAUUAUGGAAGUGUGAUAGGAGCAAGUGUGAUUGGAAUGGGGUAUUAUACGAUAUUAUAUGGAGAAUUCAAAGGAGAUGAAGAUGAGAAAAGUAGUGAGGAAAGCUCAGAUUCUUUGGACAAGAAGAUUCCUCUUUUGCAAGAAAAUAUGCAAGUGUAAAUAAAUUCAUUUACACUACAUGUUUUCUUAUGUACAAAUAAAAUAUAUUAUCAUUUCCAUAUGAUUGUGAUAGGUCUCUCAUUUGUUGCAAAUAUUUUUAUUAUUAUAUAUUUACUGCUUCUUUAUGUAAAUUUCAUGAAACAUUCAAAGAAAGUAUACGUUGAGAAAAGGUUUAGU